AUGGCCUCGCGCGACAACAACGGCUGGCUCGGCGACAAUGGGGAAGGGGACCUCACCGAGCGAUUCGAGCUUGUGCAGCAAGUUCGAGACACAAUACUCAACCGCGAUUACAUCAAAGAGGAGGAGGACAAGAUCAAAAUCCUUGAGACAAAAGAGGUGUGGGCGCACCUCAUGGUCCUGCCCUUGCCUCGUCUCCGAACCUUCUUGGCCGAGGUACAGAACAACGACAACCUGGUCUACACUCUCAAUGUUUCAUUCCCCGCAAUGAAUGCCCUUAUCUUGCUAUUCCGAGGCCCGGCGGCAGAAUGGGUCAAGACGGGUACUAUUUCGCGAAGCAAUGCUGAGCGAAUUGCGACUGCCCAGAGAGACCUCGGGCUUUGCGCCUUUACGGGCCACCUACUCGGUGAAAAGUGUCACAUCCUACCGUUCUGGACUCUAAAUAGGCCUCGCUGCUCCCAGGCACUUGACGCUGCAUCCGCAGUAUUCGGAAGGGAACGAAUCCAAAUGCUUCGCAAGAAGCUCGUCAACCCCAACACCAACAUUGUCGAUACGUCCCGAAAUAUGAUCACGUUGCACCCUAUGCUUCACAAGUUUUGGGACCAUGGACUUUUUGGUUUAGAGCCCGUCACUCUCUUGUACGAAGAGGACAAGAAGGAAGAACCCGCCAUUGCGGGUCCCUCGACUCCCUCAAAGGUCGCUGGCGAGAGACCCAAUGAGGAGAGUGGGGCGCCGGGUUCCUCAAGGUCUGCGAGAUCUGGUACCAAAAGAGGCGGCGAUAGUUCCCAGAUCACGCCUUCCAAGAAGUCCAAGACAACCAGCGAGGGCAAGGCCAAGGGCAAGGGCAAGGAGAGGGAUGUGGAGCUGCCGCAGGAAACCAAGCCUACCAAGGAAGACGGCGAGCGCGCAAGGAAGGCGAUCGGUAUUCGAAUUCGACUCCACUGGCUACAAAGAACGAUGGGCUUGACGCCGGACAAUCUUCCAACGAACCUGGCUGAGCUAUGGCGGACUUUGAGCCCGUGGGACGACGACUACGUUGUUCACGACAAGGAUGCCCGACCAGUCGACGACGGCCAAAUCAUCGACAUUUUUGACACAGCAGACGCCAAAGCCCCCGAUUUCGAUAUCCUGCAAUUGCAGUUUGACGUUUUUCGUAUGCAAGCGUUAUCGGGCAGAGCUGACCCCAUUAUCUAUACCCCCGAUUGGUACUACGAUGACGAUGGGGAAAUUGUUUCAGAUCCCUCGCCAGGAAAAGAAGAGGCUGUCCGGCAACAUGAGGCUCGGGAGGCUAUGCAGGCUUAG